AUGAUGGCUAUCUUAACCCGGACAUCAGUUCACGUAUUCGAUGCUAAGUGUAAAAUCAAUACAGAGUCAGACGAUUCGACUCCAAUCGUUAAACGGAUCUACAGCGCGUUUGACUGUAUAGAUCACAUGUCUCCUGAGAAAAACCGGAUUGAACUUCUUCGAGUGCGCUGGCAUCCUCGAGUGAAAGACAUGCUGGUUAUUCUCACAUCAGACUCACGUAUAUUUUAUGUACAAUGCUCCAGAUCAUCCGGAGCUAGUGGAAUUGGUUGUCAUAUUCGAUUUCAUUUGGAUCUGGGAGAUUUUCAACGCUGUAUAGCGGACGUAACUGCGUACAGUGAUGUUGAAAAUAAGUCUGCUUCAAGCGCGGAUGAGGAGGACGAGAUGAACAGCUCGAAUCGAUCGUGUGGAAAGCUAGAUCUAGAACGCGCGUUGGGUGGGAGUUGUGUUGACUUCGACUUUGGUACAGCCGUACUUCGACCUGGGACCAGAUGGAGACUCGAGAAGGAUCAAGAACUGGACUGCUGUUUGUAUCUGCUUUGCGAAUCAGGUGAUGUUCUCCGCCUGUCCGGCUGCCUCUCGUCUGCUCACAAUUCUUCUAGUUUAAACAUCCAGACUCUGCACAUUCUGCCCCCUUCGGCGGACAACUACGGAGACGACUUUUGUGCGUUACUAUCGUUUUCCAGUUCACACUGUCGGGAUUUGCCAAAUCAAAUGAUUCUCAGUGACGCCCCACCAGAUGUUCUCGUCCUGGCCAAUCGAAGCGGGCGAAUGUGUCAGGGGGUUGUUUUGCAGUCCACCGGUCGAGGAGCCAAGCAUCCAGGUAAUCGUUCGUUUUUCAUUAGACUGUAA